GUCUCCAUCGAUCAGAGUCUGCAAUACUGCUUUUUAUCCCUUAUUCUCCUCAAUCAAUCCGAAUCCUGUGCUCCGCGCCCACCACCAUCUCCAUCAGCCCUCAACGAAGGACAAGAACAAGAUGCCUUUCUCCUCCUACAUUAAUCUUCUCUUCCUUAUCCCCGGCCCUCUACCCUCUCCUUCUUCAUUCCCCCAGCUGCUCUCCUCUUCAUUUCUCUCCUCCUCCUCCUCCUCCUCAUCAUCAUCAAUGGGUUUCGUGCUAUCAAAGAUGGUGAGGAUGCUUUUCGCGAAGCGGGAGAUGAGGAUCCUGAUGGUGGGCCUCGACGCCGCCGGAAAGACCACCAUCCUCUACAAGCUCAAGCUCGGCGAGGUCAUCACCACCAUCCCCACCAUCGGUUUUAAUGUGGAGACCGUGGAUUACAAAAAUGUUAGUUUCACCGUAUGGGAUGUUGGUGGCCAGGACAAGAUUCGGCCAUUAUGGAGGCACUACUUCCAGAAUACACAAGGGCUAAUAUUUGUAGUGGAUAGCAAUGACAGAGAACGAAUUUCCGAAGCUAGAGAUGAGUUACAUCGGAUGCUGAGUGAGGCGGAACUGCAGGGGGCAACGUUGCUUGUAUUUGCCAAUAAGCAGGACCUUCCGAACGCGAUGAACAUUUCUGAAGUAACGGACAAACUUGGCUUACAUGCACUUCGUCAGCGUCGCUGGUAUAUCCAGAGCACAUGUGCCACUUCAGGAGAGGGUCUCUACGAAGGUCUAGAUUGGCUGUCAAGCAACAUAUCCAACAAUGUAAAAUAAUUCUCAAGAUACAACCUAGGCAUUAGAACUCCUA